AUGUUCCAAGAUGUUGAGCUGAUCACAGUCCAGGGUUCUUUCUACGCCAGGUUAACUCGAACUUACUUCAGGUUAGAUAACAUAGGGUUUGAGAUGCGUUAUGAGGACAGUGGAGCAGUACCCAAUGUGACGGACAUCAUUGUCUGUGUUCCUGACUUUGGCAACCAGUCCCUGCACUGUCCUAACGGGACGUUGUCCAUUCAUCAAUCUGAGUUCAGCCUCCUCAAUGGCUCUCUGCGUUAUAUUCCCAGUGGAGUUGUGCUGCCAGCGGGGAACUUCAGUCUCACGAGACAUGGCGCUGUCAUUUGCUCCCACUUCUCAAGGAGUCACACUGACCAGGUCGUUUUCUUUGACUACGACAACGUCCAAGUUGUUCUGACCAUUGUGACGUCAUCAGUGUCCGUUGCCUCUCUUGUGGGGGUACUGUUGGUUUACAGCUUGAUCCCUCAACUCAGAAAUGUUCCCGGUAAAGUUGUAAUGUCUCUGUCAGCAACUCUCCUUCUUGCCCAGGGACUCCAACUCAUAACCAAAGUACCGACUGGGCAGAUGUGUGUAGCAGUUGCCUCCCUUGCCCACGUGCUGUGGCUGUCUUCGUUCCUAUGGAUGAGCUUGUUGUCUAUAGAUCUAGCUCGGUCGUUGAGAAGCAUGUCACCUGUUUCUGGAAUUCAGACUCACAACAAACUGUUUUGUCUGUACGCAUGCGUUGGUUGGGGGAUCCCCAUCAUUCUGGUUGUCACGUGUGUUGUGAUCGAUCACUUCCAUGUGUGGGGAAUAAGCAUUGGAUAUGGAUCUGAUCCCCCGUGCUGGAUAGCCAAUCCCAAGGCUUCUCUCUAUGUGUUCGGCCUUCCCAUGGCUCUGACCCUAGCUAUCAAUGUAACCUGUUUCAUUUUGACCCUGAUCAGCAUCGAGAGGACGGCCUCCGAAAUCUCUUCGCACUCCAAAAGUUGUAAGAACGAGAAGACGCGUCUGGGCAUAUACGUCCGUCUGUCUUUCAUCAUGGGUUUCUCCUGGAUCUUCUGUUUCGUUGCUGCCUUCGCCCACGUCAACGUUCUGUGGUAUUUCCAGAUCGUCCUUAACGGCCUUCAGGGUUUCUACAUCUUCGUGUGCUUCGUCUGUAAGUCGAGGAUCCUCCAACUGUUGAUGGACAAGCUGUACAGUGUGCACAAGAAGGCUCAGAGACAGGACAGGACCUCCACCACCACCACUAGCACGAACGCAAAUAAUAUUUAG